AUGGCCCACGGGUCUGGCGGGAUGACCCACGGGUCUGGCGGGAUGACCCACGGGUCUGGUGUCCUGACCCACGGGUCUGGUAUCCUGACCCACGGGUCUGGCGGGAUGACCCACGGGUCUGGCGGUCUGACCCACGGGUCUGGCGGGAUGAACCACGGGUCUGGUGGUCUGACCCGCGGGUCUGGCGGGAUGACCCACGGGUCUGGUGGUCUGACCCGCGGGUCUGGCGGGAUGACCCAUUGGUCUGGCGGGAUGACCCACGAGUCUGGCGGGAUGACCCACGGGUCUGGCGGGAUGACCCACGGGUCUGGCGGGAUGGCCCACGGGUCUGGCGGGAUGACCCACGGGUCUGGUGUCCUGACCCACGGGUCUGGCGGGAUGACCCACGGGUCUGGCGGGAUGACCCAUUGGUCUGGCGGGAUGGCCCACGGGUCUGGCGGGAUGGCCCACGGGUCUGGCGGGAUGACCCACGGGUCUGGUGUCCUGACCCACGGGUCUGGCGGGAUGACCCACGGGUCUGGCGGGAUGACCCAUUGGUCUGGCGGGAUGGCCCACGGGUCUGGCGGGAUGGCCCACGGGUCUGGCGGGAUGACCCACGGGUCUGGUGGGAUGACCCACGGGUCUGGUGGGAUGAUGGGUCUAGAGACUCACCAAUAA